UUAUAAAUGUCUGACGAUUACAGAUGCCCCUAUGUUGAAUGUGCAAAGCAAUUUGCAUCGAAGAAGAACUUGAAAGAUCACAUCAGAACCCAUACUGGAGAGAAACCCUAUAUAUGAACUCAUUGCGGAAAAGGAUUUGCCCAGUACAGCACUCUGCACAAACACUACAGAGUUCAUGACAAGAAAAGACCUUAUGCAUGCCGCUUUGAUGGCUGCGGAAAGAGUUUUACUCAAAUCUCCAAUAGAAUUAGACACGAAAGGAUCCAUACUGGAGAAAAACCGUUUGGAUGAGCCAUUUGCGAGAAAAGAUUUUGCUCAAGUUCAAACCUUCACCAGCAUAUGAAAGUCCAUGAAAAGCAGAAUAAAAAGAAAAAAUUGGAUAUGAAGAAACUUCAAACUUCGAAGAUGACAAAGACUUUCCAAAAGAGUGAGAACUUAAUGCAUGGAGGAAUUGAGUCAAUGUACAAGCCACUCAAUGCCAUCCAAGAUUUGACUUCUAUACCUAAAAUUUUCCCGGCUACACCAAAACAAGAGAUGGGGAUUGAAGAUUAUUGCCUCUGAGACAUAAAUUCUUUCUUGCACACUAUUCUUCCUCCAAAAGCUCCAGUAUGCCUCUUACCAGAACCAAUGAGCCCAUUUACCUUUGGACAAGCUUUCAGCGGGUAAAGAUACAUAAAAUUAUUGAAUAAUGACCUUAG